AUGAACAGUCACAAGGUUGUGGUCACGGGUAAGAUUGAUCCAAAGAAGUUGAUGAAGAAACUCAAGAAGAAGACAGGCAAAAGAGUGAAGAUUAUAGUGAAGGAAGAGAAAGAUGAAGAAUCUAGUAAAGACGAAAAUAUUCUCGAGAUCGAUAUGGAACAACUGAUCGGUUUAGGGGAUGAGUCGGUUUUCGGGUGUAAUGAUAAGGAGUUAGAGAAAUUUAUGUGGUUUAGCGACGAGAAUCCAAAAGCCAUGUGUUCUAUCUCUUAG